AUGAAUACAUGCCAAGGAUGUAAUAAAGAUAUUAAAAAAUCGAAUGAAAAAAUUCAAUGUAGCUCACAGUCCUGCAAUAACGAAUAUCACCUGGCUUGUGUUAACAUAACAGUCGAAACGAAAAAUAAACGUUACUGGAAAUGCCCGAGUUGUUCGGUAAUUUUACUAUCGGAGCAACGUAAGGCAGGGUUGUCAAAUGACAAUACCCCAAUCAAACCAGCCGUUGAGAACACUUACGAUACUAAUGUCACGCUCCGUCGUCAGAAGACUUCUUCAAAUACUAAUAAUAGUUGCACCUGUAGCUCUACAAAUCUCCGGACUGAAAUGUUGAGUAUUUUAAGGUCUGAAUUACCAGGAAUAAUAAGAGAAACAAUAACUUCGGAAUUCGCUGCCAUAAAAAAGGAAAUAAGUUCCUUAGAAGAAUCUAUUAAUUUCGUUAAUUCUCAAUACGACGAAAUGAAAAACGCUUUAGAAAAACGGUCCGAAGAAGUUAAAUCGCUAAUUUCCCAAUCGAAUAAUUUGUUGAGUACGGUUAAAAAUCUGGAAAUAACUUUAUCGCAUAUGCAACAAGACGCACGACAAAAUAAUAUAGAAAUUCACUGCUUACCAGAGUUCAAUAACGAAAAUCUAAUUAAAACUAUGGCACAGAUGAGCCAUGUAAUAAGUUUUUCUUUGGCUGACAACGAUAUAGUAGCGUGUUAUAGAGUUAAAAGAAUAGACAAUUUAUCAAAGAAACCGAGAACAAUAGUAUGCAGAUUCGUCAGCAAAUUAAAGAGAGAUAACUUCUUGGCCGCAGUUUAUAAAUACAAUAAAAAACACCCUAAGGAAAAGCUGAACGCUUCGCUGUUGGGGAUUGCGGACAAUUCAUCGCCUGUCUACAUUGGAGAACACCUGACUCCAGAAAAUAAGCAACUACAUGCAGCCACCCGCUUAAAAGCUAAAGAAAAACAAUACCGUUUCGUAUGGGUUCGAAACGGCAAGAUAUUGAUAAGAAAAGAUGAAAAUUCUCCGGCAAAAUUAAUAACAAAAUUGGAAACAUUGAAUAAUUUG